AUGGCCAGGAGCAAACUAAGAGGACAGAAGACCAGGAACGUGUUCCACGUAGCCACCCAGAAACACCUGAAAGCUAAGAACAAAGCAAAGCCAGUCACAACUAACCUCAAGGAGAUAAAUAUUAAACCACUGAUUCCUCAGCACUGUCGUGAAAAUGAACCAGUCAAUGUUGAUGAGGCUACCAAGUUGAUGGCUCCAUUGUAA